UGUGGCCUGACAAAUAAUGUAAACGUGCUCUUGCUUGCAGAGCACUACAAGUCAGUAUCUUUACUUUGCCCACUGUGAGUUGAGGGUUUACUGCUGGUAGUUUGUGGUGCAUUCAUCUCAACCUCCUUUUCAGAAGAACAGAUGGAGACGCCACCUCGCCCAGAACUAUUUGACUUCCAUGGUGUCUCCAUGACAAAAUACUUCACCGACAACUGGGAUAACGUGAAGAACUUCAAGGCCAAAGCGGAUGAUAUUGUCAUCGCCACUUAUCCUAAAUCAGGAACCACAUGGGUCUGCUACCUCUUGGAUCGUCUGUACUUUGGAAAGACGCAUCCAGAGAAAGAGACAUCCUUACCUCUGUACAUAAGAGUCCCAUUUUUGGAGCUCUGCAUACCCGGUCACCCCAAAGGAAAAGACCUGGCAGACGAGCUCACCAUCACUCCUCGUCUCAUUAAAACUCAUCUACCAGUCCAGCUUGUACCAGAGACAUUUUGGGAGCACAACUGUCGGGUCAUUUACGUGGCUCGUAACCCCAAGGAUGUUGCUGUGUCCCAUUUCCACUUCUGUCGCAUGAACAGCAUCCACCCUGCACCAGGAGACUGGGAUGGCUUCCUGCAAAGAUUCAUGGAUGGGAAUAUGGCGUACGGACCGUGGCAUGAGCAUGUAGACGGCUGGUGGGAGAAGAAACAAACAUAUCCAAAGCUUCAUUAUAUUUUCUAUGAAGAUCUGACCGAGAAUUUGGGACAAGAAAUCGACAAGCUGUGCAGUUUCCUAGACUUGUCCCCCUCAGCCGAGGAGAAGGAGAGCAUCAUUUCUGCUGUGAAAUUUGACCGUAUGAAAGACAACAAAGUGACCAACUUUACCAAUGCUCCCUUGAUGAAUCUGAAGUUGUCUCCUUUCAUGAGAAAUGGGAAAGUUGGCGACUGGAAGAGUCAUUUCACCGUGGCCCAGAGCGAACAGUGUGAUGAACACUACAAGCAGAAAAUUAGGAACCCCGCGCUGCAAUUCCGCACCGAAGUUUAGGGCUCACACUGAAGAAACCAACCUAUACUGAUGGGUUUUUUUUUGUUGUUGUUUCAAACUUCAAGAACUGCAAUAAAGAUUUUACUU